GAGGCUGGAGGGGCAAGGACUGGUGAGGCCUUCCUACACUGCCAAGUAGCUUACAUCCUGAAAGCGAUGGGAAACAAAAUGGGUCACGCCCAAAUUUCCCCGACGUUGGGGAAGCUGGCUUCCUUUCACCCCGCGGACCCAGGGGACGCGCCGCUGGGCCAGCAGAGGGCGCCGAGCGGGCCGCCGCGACCCGGAGCCACGUAAUGGCCGCGGCGCGGGUGCUGCUGCUCCUGUCCGGGCGCCCGGAGUCGGUGAGCUUCGCACAGAGUGUGUGUGGCCUCCUGGGCGCCGGGCCCGAGCUCGGGCCGUGGCCCACGCACUGCGGCCUGCAGCGAGGGCAGCUGCUCCUGUCGGCCAGGCCGUUCCCAGGCGCGUCGGCCAGGCUCCCGCUCCAGCGACCCCCUUUCUGCCCUUUUGCGGCCCUGAACCAGCAGCCCAGCCCACCGGGGGCUGAGCUGCCCACGAAUCGAGGCGUGGAUCUGGGUGUGGCCAUCAUUCUGCAGUCCAGCGACCAGACUGUCUUGUUGACCCGAAGGACACGCACCCUCAGAGUUUCCCCCAACCUCUGGGUUCCCCCAGGUGGGCACGUGGAACUUGAUGAAGAGCUGUUGGAUGGAGGGCUUCGAGAGCUUUGGGAGGAGAGUGGACUACAGCUACCCCAGGGCCAGUUCUCUUGGGUCCCUCUGGGGUUAUGGGAGUCUGCCUACCCUCCUAGGCUGAGCUGGGGUCUCCCCAGAUACCAUCACAUCGUUCUCUAUCUACUUGUGGUCUCUCAGGAGUCACAGCAGCAGCUGCAGGCCCGGAUCCAACCAAACCCAAGUGAGGUGAGCGCCUUUAUGUGGCUGGGACCAGAAGUGGCAGCUGCAGUAGCUGCCACAGAGGAUGGGACAGAGACACCCAGACAUCUCUCCCAGGGCCUACCACCCUCUGUACUUGCGGUGGAACUAGAGCAUGAUGGAGGAGCUCGACCUCUGGCCUUGCCCGUGUCCACACUGCUCCGGACGACCCCAACCACCACAGAAGGCGAAGAGAGGGUCAGCACUGGAACCAAGUUUGCCCUCAGGCUCUGGCUGCAACAUCUGAGCAGGCAAGGUGUGACACCCCGACCGUGUGCAAGUGGAGCUCAUGUGGACCCAGGGCCCGCAAAGGAAGAACAGAACGUGGACCCCCUCCCCCCAAACCAGGGAUCUGGAAAGCCAAGUGCAUAAUCCCCUCCCCAGCCCACCUCCGUGACACUCACAGAACAUUCACAACCUUUAUUAUGGGUAAGAACUUUGCUACACCUUUGGGAAUCAAAAGUAAAAUUACAACAGAGGUCCCAGGCCCUGGGGGAGCCGAAAAAGGAGAUUGGGGAGAGCACAAGUGUCCUCCUAUCUCCCAGGAAAGGUGCAGAAUGAGCCAGACCUACCCACAGGGCCAUGGGCCUUUAGAAGCUCAGGCCCUGGGCUGGUCGGCCUAAGAAACGUGGUGAACUUAAAUAUAUAAAUAGAGAGAGCCCCAGGCAACAGGCCAGGCCCUGCUCCCAAACCCCUGGGGACCAGGGCUAAGGCCUUAUCUCCUCCUCAGUCAUACUGGGAAGUAGGAGGCAGGGGAAGUCAUCUUUGGAUGUAUUUUGGUUUUUCUUCUUUAUGUACAAAAAAUCUGCAACCCAAAAUAGAGUUCUCUGUCCAUG